AGUUGUGCCCCAGAGUCCUGUACUCUAGCUUCCCCUGGCCUCAGACAUGGCUCAUCUGGUCCUGCCUGUCUUCCUUGCGCUUAGUUUCUCCUUGCUCUGCUGCAGCCGUCCAUCUCGCACAAGGAAAGCUGUUUCGUCCCGCCAGUCUGGAGCUGCAGAGGAUGAAGAUGUGAAAACCCAGAUUGAGAAGUUGUGGCAGGAGGUGAACUUACUGAAAGAGAUGCAAGCAUUGCAAACAGUGUGUCUGCGGGGAAUCAAAGCACACAGGAAGUGCUAUCUUCUAAGUGAGGAGCCCAAACAUUACCAUGAGGCAAACGAAGACUGCAUUGCUCAGGGAGGGACCCUUGCGACACCACGAGAUAUGAUGGAGAACAACGAGGUGAGGGACUAUGCAAAGAGAAGCAGCCCAGGAAUAAAGGAGUUCUGGAUCGGUGUGGCAGACAUAGUGAAGGAAGGCCAGUAUGUUGAUGUCAACAGCAUGCCAGUCAGCUUCUUCAACUGGGAUCGUUCCAAGAAGCAGCCGACGGGGACAAAGAGAGAAAGUUGUGUUGCUCUUUCCCUGACUGCUCAGGGAAAGUGGUAUGAUGAGGUAUGCCGCAGCCUGAAGAAGUACAUCUGUGAAUAUAUCAUUCCCUGAAGGAGACAGGGGUCUUGCUGGUAAUUUAAUUGACAGGAAAUCAACCAUUCACAAGAGAUAUUGAAUUGCUGCUGCUAAGCUUCAACAAAACACAGUAACUCUGCACAAGAGAAGCAAGUUAAAGAUUUUCUGGAGAAAAAUCUUUCUCCAGAAACAUCUCCAAACAUGUGACAAAUUUUUGUUUGGGGUCCAAAGAAUAUAAUGACUGAAUAUCACCUUUUUUUUUCUUUCUUUUUUUUAUCAUCAUCAAUUGUGAAAAAAAGUAAACUAAACAAACAAUCACGCAAAACUGGUUUGUCAGUACUUUUUUUCUUUGGGAUGAAUUUGUGCUGAUUUCAGGUGUGUCAAGUUAACUUGAUCAAUUUUUGAUAAAUAAAAG